ACUAUUUUCAGUAGUUUAGAAGUGUUAUGGUAUAGGUAAAUGUCGCUAUACAUCUACAAAAGCUCUUUUUUGGGAGUAAUGAUACAUGCUCUAUCGGUUUGCUACCCUAGCUGAUCAAGGUUCCCGGAACUCCUUACUUAAAUAAUUCCUGUCUAUGUUUAGAUUUUCUGCCUUAAAUUCUAAAUUUCUACAAGCGAGCAUCCAGCGUGAUCCCAUUUGUCUAUUGAAGUCAUGGACACUUAGCUACUAUGUCCUAUUAUUAGGCGUGAUGAGCAUUCUUAUUGCUUCAUGAAUUCAAUUAAAGGCAUUAUUGACAAGAAUGAAUUUUUGUUCGUUUUCUGUCUCUGUAUCCUGGUUUCGAGCAUCGCCUGCUCGCAAUCAGAUAGCAAAUUAAAGAUACCUCUCAAAAGAAUCAAACUGGAUCAACAGCAGCUUCAGGAAAAGAUCAAUUGCUUGAAGAAUGGAACUUUGGCUCAGGUAGCUGUAGGCAAGCAUAUAGAACUCUUUCCAAAUCUUGCACAGUAUUCGCCUAAGGUGGACCUUCAAAAUCGCUUAAACCUUGAAUAUUACGGAGUAGUAUCCCUCGGUCGGGAGAAGCAAGAUUUUUUUGUUACUUUCGAUACAGGCAGCUCGGCCUUUUGGGUUCCUUUAAGUGUAUGCAAAACUGGAGGAUGUGUUGGGAAAAAUUUAUAUCAUCCAGGAAACGAGUCGGUUGUAACCUCGAAGUCUGUGUCCAUAACGUAUGGAACGGGAUACAUGAAAGGAUACGUCUCGGCGGAUUAUAUGAUAUUGGACAAUAUAGGGUUUUAUACUGGAUUUAUUUCAGCAUACGAAAUGGACGAGUUUUUUGCUGGCGUGAGCUUGGACGGUAUCCUGGGCUUGGCGUACCCGUCAAUUGGUAAAGGCAACAUUAAGCCGGUGUUCGACGUUUUGAUGGAUGAAAAUGUAUUUUCUUACAACCACAUUAUUUUCUACCUAACUCACGUACCAGACGGAUCUUUCAUUCAAUUCGGCGGAGACCUUGAUCCACAACUCUAUCGCGGCAAACUGUUUAGUAUUCCUAUCAUCGAGAAGACUUACUGGACAACUGCUUUGAGUUCUAUCGCUAUCAAUGAAGAAAUAAUAGUCAAGUACACGCCUAGAAACUCAAGAUCAAUUAUUGACACAGGCACGAGCUUGAUUGUGGGACCCAGGAGAGAAAUUGAAAUCAUCGAAUCGAGAAUCGGUACCGUCAAGGGAGACUGCUCAAACUUGCAUGAAUUGCCGAACAUUGGCUUCCAGUUUGGAGAGGGAUCGCCUUACUUUUUCCUCACCCCGAAGCAAUACGUCGUAAAAAUUAACGACAGCUGCUUUUCUGCGUUUGCUAGUGUCGAACAAGACACACUUUGGAUUUUAGGAGAUGCCUUUAUUCGCGGUUUUUACACAGUUUUCGACAGAGAUACUGAUGUGGUAUCGCUCGCACCUAUUAUAGAUAACCUCAAUCCAGAUACUGAAUCUUAUAUUGUCGUAUCUGGCGAUCAAUAAUACUGAAAUAAAGCAAAACUUUUUCUAAAACAAGCGAUUUCUGAGCAACACUGACGUCCUACUUUUCUUCUUGGGCACAUUGCUUUUGACCAGCGUAUUCAUAUGAUCCGUAAUGCAUUUUUGACAACUCUCUCUCGACUGCAGUAGAAUUUUCAACCGCAGCUCCGCGCUUUUUUGAAAGUUAGCGUCAAAAACAGGUUCCUCCGUUUUUACGGGUUCUGUCGCCUCCGUUGGCACCUUUUCUGUCUCUUCUGAAUCGAACGAUUCGCACGAACCGCUAUUUUCAGAAGCAUGGUAGGUGGUUAUUUGAUCGAUCGAAGCCAAGUAUUGUAUCAGCUCUUGAUUUCUCUUCAUUCUAACCUGAUUGAGGGACCCGAGGUUUUCUAAUGAACUACGCAAUUCCUUGAUAAGGUUACGCAUCGUGUCUGGUUGGGGGUAGUAUUUUAGCUGCUUGCGAAGAUUUUGUACUAAAAUGGACAGUUCUUGAUUUCUGUUCCAACUGUCACUGAGCGAGCGAAGCAAUGUCUUGUUUCUCUGGAGCAAACGAAGAGCCUGAGAAGCCAACUGUGCGCACUGCUGCUUAAGCUUUCGGUGACUCUUUCCCAGCAAAAUUAGACCACACUUGGCUCUAUAGAGCUGCUGCUGGAGUUGGUGCCGCUUAGGCGCACCCCUGUUCAUUGAAUAGCCGCUUUUGUUUUUUUUUGGUGGACGAGGUGAUAAUAAACGUUGGUCAGAGAUAAAAUUAGAA